AUGAGUACGUCACAACCAUCGCAUGGCUCAACCGGUGCAUCUGGAUCCGAGCCUAUAGAUCUGGCAGUGCCACAGAAAAACUCGGUGUCGCUGAAAGUUGGCAUGAUUGGAGAUGCACAAAUUGGCAAAACUUCUCUGAUGGUUCGUUAUGUUGAGGGCUCAUUUGACGAGGACUAUAUUCAGACUCUGGGUGUGAAUUUUAUGGAGAAAUCAGUCAAUAUCCGCAAUACAGAGAUCAAAUUUUCUAUCUGGGACUUGGGAGGACAGCGUGAGUUUGUCAAUAUGCUGCCUCUAGUGUCUAAUGAUGCGGUUGCCAUUUUGUUCAUGUUCGAUCUGACCCGUAAGUCCACACUCAACUCGAUCAAGGAAUGGUACCGCCAGGCACGCGGGUUCAAUAAAACCGCCAUCCCCUUUUUAGUGGGCACCAAGUUCGACGCGUUUGCUGAGAUGCCAGACGCCGACCAGGAAGAGAUCUCUCGCCAAGCCAAGAAGUUCGCCAAGGCCAUGAAAGCCAGUCUGGUGUUCUGCUCCACAAAAGAAAUGAUCAAUGUGCAGAAAAUCUUUAAGAUCGUUCUCUCUAAAGCGUUCCAGCUCAAACUCAACAUGAACGAAUACACCGAAACUGGCGAACCUCUCCUCAUAUACCAACAAUGGUCCUAG